AUGCCAUUCGCAGCGUUGAUUAAAGAACGCAUAUUCGCAGCACAUGGAGGAAUUUCGGAAGAUCUUAAUUGGAAUCAGUUCAAACGGAUUUGCAGACCAAUAGAUAUUGUUGACAUUGGGUUCAUCAACGAUCUCAUAUGGGCCGAUCCUUGUAACUUUCCCGGAAAAUAUAUUCAAAGCCCACGAGGUGUCUCACAGGUUCUAUAA